GCGAAAGUGUCCCUCCUGGUCCAGGUACUGCACUCAUGAGACGCAGGCUGCUAUCAUGCCUGACAAACGCAGCGCCUGCACCUGGGCGCUGGGCAAACCGGCCACAGAAUCGCCACAUCGUCACAGCACGAGGGGACCAAAGGCAAAGAUCUUUCCGGACAUUCUGGCUCACGUCGGAGACACGCCAAUGGUGCGCAUCAACAAGAUCAACAAGGAGUACGGCCUCGAGUGCGAACUUCUGGCCAAGUGUGAGUUCUUCAACCCCGGGGGCAGCAUCAAGGACCGAAUCGGACUCCGGAUGGUUCAGGAGGCCGAACGGGACGGCAUCUUGCGUCCGGGUUCCGUGAUCAUCGAGCCCACUUCGGGGAACACGGGUAUCGGCCUGGCGAUGGCCGCUGCCAUCCGCGGUUACCGCUGCAUCAUCGUGCUGCCGGAGAAGAUGAGUCGCGAGAAGGUGGACGUGCUGCGCGCGCUGGGCGCCGAGAUCGUGCGUACGCCCACCAGCGCUCGCUACGACUCGCCAGAGUCUCACCUGUCGGUCGCCUUCAGGCUCUGCAAGGAGAUCCCCGGAGGGGUCAUCCUGGACCAGUACCGCAACCCGGGCAACCCACUGGCCCACUACGACACCACUGCCGAGGAGAUCCUGGAACAGUGUGGCGGCAACGUCAGCAUGGUGGUCAUGGGUGCCGGGACCGGGGGCACCAUCACGGGCGUGGCCCGCAAAAUUAAGGAGAAGCUGCCAGACUGCAAGAUUAUCGGAGUGGAUCCGCAAGGCUCCAUUCUGGCUGUUGGUGCUGACGAACCGGAUGACCCUCGCGUGACGAUGUACGACGUGGAAGGCAUCGGCUACGAUUUCAUUCCCACCGUUCUGGAAAGAGAACUGGUGGACAAGUGGUACAAGUCCAACGACAGCAGCUCGUUCCUCAUGGCGAGAAAGCUCAUCAGCGCGGAAGGCUUGCUCUGCGGUGGGAGCAGCGGGGCGGCCAUGUCGGUGGCCGUGCAUGCAGCAAAGUCCCUCAAGCCAGGCCAGAAAUGCGUGGUUGUACUCCCCGACGGCGUUCGCAACUACAUGACCAAAUUCCUCUCCGACACUUGGAUGGUCGAACGAGGAUUCAUGGAUCUCUCCUCGGAGAUGAGCAGUAAACACUGGUGGUGGAACCAGACGGUGAGGUCCCUCAAGCUGUGCAUUCCACUCACGCUGCUACCAAGCGUGACAUGCCAGGAGGCCAUCGAACUCAUGAGCGCCGAGAGCAUCGACCAGGUGCCUGUGGUGGAUGCCAGCGGCAUGGUCUUGGGAAUGGUGUCCUUGGGCAAUCUGAUGUCCAAGAUUUUAGCUCGUCUGAUCGAUACUGGCACGCCGGUCUCCAAGGCAGCCUAUGACCAGUUUAAAAAGGUGACGCUGGAUACGACUUUGGGAAAGCUGUCAACAAUCCUGGAGCACGGACACUUCGCUCUUGUUGUCGCUGAACAGAUGCAAGUGGCAGGAACGGCGUCAAUGAGGAAAGAGGUGGUCAUUGGAAUCGUGACCAACAUUGACCUGCUGCGAUAUAUCACGAAGCGCGAGAAGCGCGGCGACCUUCACUCGCUGAAGGAGAAAGAACCCAUUGACUGACAGACGACAACGGCCUCCCAGGGACGUCGCCGCCAUGGCCCUCGUUGUGCAUCGCGAGGACCUCACAAGCCACCAAGCGUAGUUGCGUCAACGCACGUGCGUGCAUUGACUUUCGAUUUCGCCGAGGCCCAUACUAAACACGGCCGUAGCUGACGUUUCUCGAGUGCCGCAUUUUUAACAGCUUGAAUGUUUAUUAUAUAUAUAUAUACGUUGUUCCUAUUAAAACCGGUUGAGUGCGUAUGACUUCGGGAUUUAUUACUUCGGUAAUUUCAUCUCAAAUUGUGCAAUAAAAAAUUUUGACCUCCGAAAAUUCUGAAACAAAAUGUAUUUUAGUGGAAAAUGUGACUAGAGCAAACGAGGAAAACAGAAGUACGGAAAAUUUAUUGUUCUUGAGUUUUGCGCUUCGAAAUGGCAGAGCGGAGGUCUUGAGAUUUUUGCAGUUUCACGAGGGACACAUUUUGGAGUCUCGAAGCUUUUUGAUUAUUUUUUUCACAAUUAUAGCUUUUUUCUGUGUGCUUUAAAACUAUGUAUAGAAGGGUCACAGUCCUCUAAAAGUGCGUUAUAUGAUUUAUUUUAUACAAUGAAAAUUCUCGAAUCUUGCAUUUCUGAAAAUAAUAGGACAAGUUUGAAUCAAGCUGGCUUUCGAUGUACAAUCAUUUAAGGCAAAGAAACCUGUCAAAUGAAAGCUUGUAUCUAAACCUAUUAAAAAUUAUAAUAUUGUUAAUUUAAGUAUAGUUUAUAUAGAAGAAACGACAUUGUAAACUUAAAAAGAAAAACUAAAAAUCCAAACGUCAACGUAAUUUUUUGUAUUUUUAUAAUAAAGCGUUUUGGUGUUUUUAAAUGUUCAAUAAAAUUUCUUUGAUAUA